UUCAGAGAAAUUGGUUUCAAGGCAAUUCAUCUCCAUUUGUUGACAUUUAGUGGCUGACCUGAAAGCCUGAAACUUAUCCUCUUCCUCUCUCCUCCAUGGAUACCCUGUCUAGCUCUGUCUCAACCCUCAAAGUCCCUACCCUUCUCUCAUCAACCUCAUCUCGUGAGCUCCAUCAAUUCAAUCCUCAAAGUCCCAGAACACACAAACUUCCUCCACAAUCCCACCUUCACUCCACCACCAAACCCAACUUAAUCUCCAACAAAACCCCCUCUUUCUCUCACAAGCUUGUCUCUUUAUCUUCAACCCCCUCCUUCUUGAACUCCUCUGCAACCCUCUCUCUCAAUUCUUCAUCAUCCUCUGAUCUCCAUAGAAAACCAGCAACUGGGUAUGCCGCUGCUCUGCUAGACAUAGCUCAAUGCAACAGUUCUGUUCAUUUGGUUGAGAAGGACAUUCAGAAGUUCUUGAAAUUGCUCCACAAUAAGCAAGUCCAAGCUGCCUUGGCCAACCCUUUUGUGGGUGAGAAAGAAAAGGGCCAAGUAGUGAACUUGGUGGCAGAGAAAGGGAGAUUCAAUAGGCAUUUGGUGGGUUUGGUGAAGAUGCUGGUUAGGAAAAAUAAGGUGGGGAUUGUGAAAGAAGUGUUGGAGGAGUUCCAGAGGAUUUACAAUGAGUUGUCCGGGACUGCUAAGAAGAAAUGCCCAAAUUUUUUUUCAAUACUGGAAUGGAUCAUUUGGGGCAGGAGGAGAACAACAUUUUACUUGUUGGUCGUUUUUGAACACAUCAUAUAAUGCUUCACCAAUUCAGUGAAAUUUGUUAAUCCUCCCGGAAA